GCUGCUCUGCUUGCGCAAUUUUUUUUCCUUAAUUUUAAGAGAGCACGACUUUCACCUAUGGGCCAAGGAAUUACAAUUAAAAUUAAUUUAUGAAUUGGAGAUGGCAGUUUCGUACUGUCGAAUAGAUCACUGCGUGUUUGUAGAUUGUAAUUUAUUGGGUGGUGCCACUAAAUACGUAUUGAAAACAUGAAACAUCUACUAAGUGUAAGAAAAAUUGUGUGCUUGUUAGUAUUGUUUCUGCAAAAGAAUAAUACUUAAUAUAGGUAAGAAGAGUGGUGGCGACUCGGUCACCGUGAUGACCACCCACGGACACCACACCACAUGUGCCUUUUAACUUGCAAUAAGUACCAUCAAAUAGGUACUGGACCAGAUCGUCGCACUGACAGUACCAUUCAGUACAUGGACGAGUGAAAAGGAAAAGUGAAUAAUAAAAAGAAAUAUUGCAUUUAGUGACUGACAGUGAUCGACUACUCGAACGAAAACAUUGUUUAACAUCGCCGGUGUUCUUCGCUUCGUUGGUUAUUAAACUACUAAUUGCAACUACAUAAUAUACGUAGGUAAUCGAGAAUGACGACGGAAACGGCAAACAAGGAUCUUAAGGUGAUCAAAGACGAGGAACUUUUACGAAAAAUGUGGCAAGAUACUCACGAUUUCGCAAUGAAGAAAGAGAUCCGCGCUCAAAUGUAUAAACUGCGCGAAGAAAGAUUAAAAAACUUCUACGAAGAAGAAAUUAAGAGCUCGCAUUCCAGCAUACACACAUCUCACAACAUUUCCGAAAAGAAACAGCAAACGUCAGAAACCCAAAGUCAUGCCGAUGCUCUCAAAGACCACAGCUUUAUGAGUUUAAAAAGCAAAGAAAUCCGAGACUCCAGCUCUCCCACUAAAGAUACGCACAAUCUCUUUAAAUCGUUUUUAGUUUCAGCUGAUACUAGUGACAAAUCUAGCGCAACAGUCCACGAAAUAGCAAACAAUGGCGAGACAACUAAACAUGUUCAAAGUGGCUCGAGGUCGGCUACCAAAGUAAAAGACAACGACAUAAUUUCCACUUGUUCCGCUAAAUAUGAAGAUGUAACAUACUCUUCCGAAAAGAAUGAUCAAAACGACAACGUCGAAACAAAAGGCACAGUAAGAAAUACUUUCUUUCAAGACAAAGAAAGCGGCAAGCGCGACGAAAAUGGCUCGUCGGUAUCGUACCAAACUUCGUCCUCACUCUUGUCGUCAGCGACCGUUGUUUCUGCUACCACUUCGAUUGGAGGAGAUAUAAAUCAAACAUCCGAAACAGAUAGCAAUAAUUAUCAGAAGAAGCCGGUUGAGAAUGUGACAAGCGAAUCCUGUAUUACACCGGGCGGAACUGCAGUUAUUACCCAAACUUUCCACCACCACGACGGAACAACGGCCACUAAAACCAAACGUGAGAAAACAGAAAGAGAAGUUUCCAGAGUUCUAGCAUCAACUAGUAACGUUGCUACUAAUAGAAGUGAGACAAAUCAAGUCCGAGGACAAGUCGCAAGCCAAAGGGGUUCAUUGAAGGAGGAUAAUAUCACGUUACAACAGUCAGCUGUUCCACAGGCAGAAAUACUUCAGGCAUCCAAUAUCGAAACAUCACAGGUUAAUACUUCACAAGGCAAAAACACCCAUUUAAGAGAUCAAACUGAGAGUGAGCACAUGUUAAGAAGUAAAACUGUUGAUGCCGAAAAGGCUGCAAUUACUGUCAACGUAAACAUUAAGAAGAGCAGCGGAAACGCCCAAAUUGGAAUUACUCAAGAUUCUAUAGUUCAACAAAGAGAUACUGCCGCUGAAUGUAGCAAUUCACGUGAUAUACGUAACGAUUUGUCUGCUACCACAAAAUCCAAAGAGACGAGCACUUUUGCUGACAAGUCGUCGAAACUCAUCACAGAUGAAAAGGCAGCGGCUCCUGGCUCUCUACAAAAUAUUCCAGACGCGAUUGUCACUGACGCAUUUUCUCGUACAGGCGACCAUCAGAUAUCCAUUAAUCGUAAAUCAGAGCGAGAGAAUGAUGCAGAAAAGCACUCUGACACGACUAGGAAUGACUAUUGUAUGAGCAGUCGUGUUAGUGUGGAGUCUACUCCGUCUCAUCAAUAUUUUGCCAGUACAUUAAGAUCGUCGAGUUCAGAUCGUAAUAAAAACAAAAGUAAUAGUAUAAAAUCUAGCAAUUCGUCAUUGAGAAGCAGUUCAAGUCCUGAAAGAAAAUUGUCCCCUCAUUCGAAAGAAAUACGGCCAGCGAAAUCGACUAGAACUUCAACUUGUUUUUCAACACGUUCCAGACAGCAACACAAAGCAUUAACCGACACCAGAAAAACAUCAAGAGACGAUAUGGUAAACGUAGACGUUAAAUCUAGAUCCCGAAGCGCAUCACCAGCCAUUACUGACACCAGUGACUUCGAGUUUGUUAAAAUUGAUCGCACAGUUACAGGUGAUUCUUCUCCUUUUGAAAAACGAUACGACACAAGAGGAACUUCUGUCGGUAAUAUUAAAAAAAUUAGCAAAAUCGAAGAGCGUUCGUAUUCUAGCCCGAUUUCAACAAACGACUCCAAAUCGGCGACGUCGGAAAAGCCAAUCUUGAGACGUAAAGAUGCUUACGAAGGGCGAUGCAAAGAGAUCCUUGGAAUUUCACAGAACAAUAUCAAAAAUUCCAAAUCUGGAUCGCAAAAUAAAAGGACUAAUUCAGAAUUUGACUUUUCCGCCGAUCUUAUCAUAAACUUGAAGCAGACUGAAGAAGAGGACAUCAGCCAGCGGAAUAUUAAACUGAAGAAAGCACAUCAGGAAUCCUAUCUAAAGGAUAUGCCUCAAGUAAGGCGAUCUCCUGGAAAAGAAUAUUCAACGAAGACGAGGUUAACAGGGGAGUCAUCUACAAAACCUCAAGGAAGCUCUACUCUGGAAGAAGGAAAGCCGCAAGUUAGAGAAUUUUCUUCACAAGUACGACGAUCUCCCGAAAAAAAAAAUUCACCAGAGAGGGAUUCAAGGAUUCAGUUGUUCCCAAAAUUUGAAACAAAUUCUCCUUCCGAAGAGGGACAGGGUCAAAUUAAGGAAUUUCCUCCACAAAUGCGACGAUCUUGUGAAAAAGGAUAUUAUUCCCUUGAAGGAGAGUUAAAGGAUGGGCCAUCUCCAAAACCAGACCAGCGGGCACCUUUAUUAGAGGAACAGCCACAAAGUAAUGAAAUUCCUUGUCAAAAAAGACGACCUCCUGAAAAAAAAUAUUCACCUGAGAGGGUUGAGAUAUUCCUAAAACAUGAAAAUAGUUACCGUUUGAAAGGGAAAAGCCCACAAACUAAGGAGUUUCCUUCACAAACACGAAAAUCUCCUGAAAAAGAAUAUUCUCCUGAGAGUGAUUCAAGGAAUAGAUCAUCUCCAAAACCGGACAGCAGGUCUACCUUGCCACAAGAGCGGUCACAAAUCAGUGAGUUUCCCUCUCAAAUACGCCGAUCUCCUGAAAAAGAAUAUUCUCCUAAUAGAAAAUCAAGGGAUGGAUCAUCUACAAAGCAUGACAGACGAUCCUCUAUGAAGGAGGAAAAGCCGCAAAUUAAAGAAUUUUCAACACAAACGCGAUGGUCUCCUGAAAAAGGACAUUCUCCUGAAAGAGAGUUAAGGAAUGGGUCACCUCCAAAACCUGACAAAAGGUCUGCUUUAAAGGAAGGAAAACCGCAACGUGAUGAUUUUUCUUCUGAAACACGACGAUACCCUGAAAAGGAACAUUCUCUUGAGAAAAAGUUAAAUGAUCGAUCGUCUUCAAAACCUGUUAAGAAUUUCACCUUUUUCUCUGAAAUAAGGCGAUCUCUUGAAAAAGAAUAUUCUCCUGAGAGAGAAUCUAAGGAAAGGUCAUCUCCAAAACCCAAUAAAAAGUCCGUACUGAUAAAUGAAAAACCCAAACAUUGCGAAAUAUCAAGUCAAAAUCCAGACCACAAGACAAACAAAAACGAAAUUCACGAACAUCUGUAUGAAAUAAAGCAAUCUCCUGAGAAAAAACAUUCUAUAAAGUGCGAGUUAGUCGAUAAUUCAUCUUCAAAAUCUAAUAUAAAGUCCUCACUGAAACAAGAAAAACCACAAAUAAAACAAUUUCCAUCUCAAUCCCCAGAGAAAAGGCUUUGUGAAAAAUCAAGCCUAAAAUUUAAUCAAACUAUAAAUUUAUCAGUGUUGGAUGCUAAGCCGGGCUCGCAGAACUCUACAUUCCCAAAUAGAAAAUCAUCUGAAAAGAAAUCAGAUGAUGAAAAAAUAAAUAUCGAAACAAACAAAGACAUCAAAAAUUUAUCGAAGAUAAUAACGAAAACUGCUCAUGAACCUAAAAAUCAGCCUUCGGCCGAAGCAACUUAUUUAAAAGAACAAACCUUGGGAAAACAACUAAUUCCAAUCAACGGUGAACCUGUUCAUUACAAUAACUCUACACAUAAAACAAUAAAAAAAGAUAGACCUGUCGGGUCGCCUCAUCCAAAGCAGUUGGAAAAGGGAACAUCCAAGUCCAACGACAUAUCGAACAAAGAAAAUGAAUUAAUUACAAUAUCCUUAGAUCGAAUGAACGUCAAAAAUAUGAAACCAGUGAUCGAACCGAAGGCAGUCAAAAAGUUCAUAAGUCUUCUCUACGAAGCAGAAGAAGAUGACAGAAAAGGCAUGAAAAAGACUUCAGCAAGGAGUAAAACCGUUAACGGGCUAGAAUCAGAAAUUGCAGAGAAGAAAAAACCGCAAGCUGCCAAAUCCAUAAAUCGUAUUGAUAUUAAAAAAGACAUGCCUAAAGAGCGACCUGACUUGAAAUUAAAUAAAAUGGAAAAGGAACUCAAAGUCACAAUAAAACCAAAAACAAAAGUAACUACUACAGCGAAUGCAUUUUCAAAAAAAGAAGUUGUUCCUAAGGAGCUUCUUAAACACCGAAAUAAGGUUCACUCGUUUACAAAACCAUCAGCCGACAAUAAACAUUCAAACGAAACCAUUCCUCGUAAAAAAAUUGAAAAGAUCACCAAGAUCGUUUCUAUUCCGUCGUAUUCCGGCGUAAAAACAAAACCCACGAUAUGUACAACAACCGCUGACGAAAAAACAAUCACCAAUUCACCAGACAAACGAUCUGAAAGAAUAAUUAGACAUGUAGUUACGGCAAUAUUGCCAGUUCCUCCUUUGGGAAAAUCAAGAGGAAAAUUAACGUCCGAAUCAACCAACAAACGGUCCAAAACGAAAAGUUACACGAACGAUAACGAAAAAACUAGAAUAAACUAUUUUACCACCAAAUCCACAAUAGUUAACGCUGACUUAGAUGACGAAAAGGAAGUCGUCAUAAAACUGCAGAGAUCUACAUCAUCCCGUGAACCGACUCCAGAUCGUCCUUCAGCAUUUCCUUGUGACGAUGACGACGGGAUACCUCGAUAUCCCGAUCAAAUAUACGAACCUGACGAUUCCAGAUGUCGAUCAGAACCGGUCAACUUGUCGGAAAUUGUAAUAGAUGAAUCAGAAGAAAUGGUCGGAGACAAAAUUCAGGAGGUUGCCGAGGACGUUUCCCACAAAGCAAACGUCAACAAAUACGAUGAUAGUGACGAAUGUUUAUUGUCAGUUAACGAGAAAGUGAAGAAGUUUGUUUACGAAACUCAAAAACUUAUUUCACCGACGGUAAAAACCGAAAUGCCGAGGGUAAAUGUUACAGAACUUGGUCCAGAAACAGGACCAACAACAACUAAGACGUUCCCUCCUUCUGCCGCUAAAAUGGAUCAAUCGCCUGUACGUGAACAGGUAAUAAUUACAAAUCCUAACGAGUCUUUUGUUACUCCUAAAUCUUCAAGAAAGAAUUGCCUUUCUGAAGAAUCGAAAAGAGUGUUGAGCGAUACAGGAAGAUUAAGAAGUAACGAAAGUAUACGAAAGGCUAAACAAAUCUUUGAGAAUAAAAAAAGCAGUUCAAUUCGCGAACAAUGUGUUACAAGUAAAAACCCAAGCUUAUUUAAGAAGGAAAAACUGGUUACUUUAAUGAGUGAUGAUUCGUUGGACGACAAACAAAAUCGUUCGUCGGAGACAACUAGCGAGAAAACUACUUCAGACCUUUCACCGACAAGCGAGAAAAAAAUCUCCACAAAACCUGCCGCCACCAGUACGUCUAUUCGUCAUAAUAAUGAUGGUUCUACUGAUCGCCUUGUACAAAAAUCGUCAAAUGUACAUAGCGAAAAACGAAACGUACGUUAUUCGAAAGAACAACUAUCAUCGUCAUUUGUGAAAACUGAUGACACUUUGGAAAAGUUAAAAGAGCCAUUUGACACUUGGAUGCCAAUACCGAAGCAAGAAAAAAUUAAAAAUUUAAACAUACAAAAGAAAGUAUCUCCCAUUGAAACCAAGGGCCAUUUUUCAACGUUUACAGUCGCUGUUAAAGAAUCCUCUGGAGAAAAGCAAAAUGCUUUAACAACGAGUAUGCAUAAAAGUCUGGAAGAUAUGUACGACAUCGAGCUCCUUGAAACUUUGUUGGAGCAAACCACAGACUACGACUUAAGAAACAAAAUUCGUACUCAGAUCAGCACUGUAAAGCGACACGACUCGGAAAACAAACAAAAUUGUACAAAAAUAAUAAUGAAAAAUGCAAAUGCUGCAGAAAAACAGUCAUCUCAUUGUAAAGAAACAGACGUUGCAACCACUAAGCAAUACGAUUUGUCAGAACCAAAAGGAUUCAGACAGAAUCACGAAUUGAUUUGCAAAGCAGAAACUCAAACAUUUACGCCGUCGAAAAAUACAGAACAGACAACUGAAAAAUUUAAAUUUACAAGAAAGGGUUCGGUGAAGGAAAUAUCUAGAAAGUUUAUCGAUAACUCAAUCGAAACAUGCAAGAACGAAAGAAAUUACUCUUAUCCAAAGGCAGGCCUGAUUCUGAGAACGACAUCCCGCUUAGUCGAUGACGAUUUUCCUGAAAAGGGGAAGUCAAGUGCUGAGGGAAAUUCAUCUAACACUUUUUUAUCGAACACGACUAAAGUAACAGGAGUUCACGAUAUCAUUAAUAGGAUAAAAAACGCCGAAAACGAUGCCCUUGACCGCAACGAAGAUGAAGAUGCACAAGCCCGCAUCCUGCUUAAUAAAUUCCUCGGCUGUCAAGUUCUUCUCACUGGCUUAGAAUCGUCUUUAACAUCUUCCGAAUCGACAAUAACUACGAUUAAAAAGACUAUAAACGAGGGAGGAAAAACGAUCUGUGUGGAACUCAGUUUUCGGCAUCCAAUUUCAGAGAAAGAUCUCUACGAUAUUUGGGACGUUGAUAUACUUCAGUUGUUGCUUGAAAAGUGUAGACAUUUCGAGGAACAGCGAGCAGUUAAAGCAAGACUAGAAUUGGUCAUGGCAGAACAAGAAGCACGUGGCGACGUCUUGAAAACACCACGGGAAGAACUGUCGAACGUAUCGAUUCACGGUGAGUCUCUCCUUCCUCUUCUUCAAGGUCUUCUAAAUGUUCCGGAAACGGAACAGACGGCGGACUCCGGAACGGAAUCCGGCGAGGACUUGCGCGGUGGACUUUUGAAUGAAGUGCAGUGCGCGUUAGCCAAACUGUCGUCCAGUUUAAAAACCGAAUCUACCGGAAUGACUCCGGAGAAGCGGAACACUCUGCUUCAGUUAGUAACUAAAUUACAGGCAGGACUCAGCUCACAAAAUUGCAACCAACAACAACAGCCGUCGAACGAAAGAAGGGCUUCCAGCGGAUCUGCAAGAUUCGUUAGAAGGAGGCAAAGACAAAACAGACACACUGUUGGCGUAAGUAGCGAAGAAUUGGAAGAUGCUAGGAGACUGAUGGAAGAAAUCGCAUUCAGAGAAGGCAUGUCCGGCGAGAUCGCCUCCAGGCAAUUUAAUAUGCCCAUUAGUAAACAGAGUUCGGAAGGAAGCAUAAAGAAGGCAGAUUACCAUCCGGUAAAGUUGUUAUCGAAUAAAGUGUCGAUUAAGAAUGCGGUCGCGAAACCGUACAGUUCGUCAAGCACAAGUCUGAGUCAUUCGGGCGGCAGCAUUAACCACUCGGGUGCAUCUUCGACUGCCCAAACCCCAUCGGAACGUGCUGACUCGCCAGAUUUUAACAACAAAACACCUUCUAAUUCGAUCAAAUCAAAUAAUCACGAAACGACCACUACGAGCGCUAAUUUAACACGGAACGAUUUCUCUCCUGUGACAAAAUCCGCGUCGAGGAAAACAAUGUUCGAUAAAAAUGCAAACUCGAAUAACGAAAGCAUGGAUGAAGGACAAUCUGAUUCAGCUUCAGAGGAAGUGGAGGAGGAAGAAGAGGAAGAAGAAGUGGCAUCAACUACGCCAUCGUGUUUAAAAAAACAGAUUCCCAAAAAUGAAGAAUACACCCAACCAGAAACACACGAAUCUCCUCCACUAAUCAAACAUCCCCUCUUGGAGGAACAAUUUUACGAAACUAAAGCUGCAGUCGUUUUAAAGUCCGCUCCGAUCUACAGUCAAAGGAAUGACGUAAUGGAUAAAAAAUCGUAUAACAGAUUCAACAACAAAAAAUCAAAAAUGAAACGUGCAAAUACGAUCGAUAUUCCAAAACCUCUUGUAUUUUACGAUGACGACGAUUCCGACGACGAAUACGAACGAUCGCCAAGAGAGCCCAGUAGUACGAGUGUAGGCCUGAGAGGUCCCGUACAAGUAAGCGAGAAGAUUAAUGUUAACAAAUCGCUUCCUACAUUCAAACCGAAAACAGACAACGAUCGCAAGUUUAUUGCAUUUAUCAGUAAAUUUAAUAACGGCACCGCACAGACGUCCACAACGUCAUGGUCGAAAAGACCACCGGAAGCAUCUGGUCGAAAUCAUUGGGGUAAUAAAUUCGGUAAUUUAAAAAAGGCAUUCGAAGUGGCAUCGACGACAACUCCCACAGCACCAAACACCCAAGCACGGACCUUUUGGAAAUCAGCAGAUGAUAGCCUUACAGCUGGAAAAAUUUCUUAUUCCGGACCGACAAUAAGCAGACAAAGUGCAAGAAAUUUACAAAAAAUGUUCCAAGAGAAAUCGAAACUUAACGAAAAGCAGCCUGUACAACCUCCUCCGCACGAACCGACAUCACCUUCCACUAAAAUUUUUGAGCAAAACCAAAUUUUAACCGAUAACGCCAGAGCAGUGCCUAAACCGGCGCCUAUAAAUAAAUUCUCUCACGCACCCACUUCGGCCUUCAUGCCAAUUCCGAAGAGAAUCCAUAAUACAACUGCUGCGAAACCGUCAAAGCCGAAUACUUUAAAUCUACACGGAAACAUCGUAAAAAUUGACUUAAAAAAUGACGAUCCAACGUCACCCUUGUAUUUGUACAGCCCUAAAACUCCGACACUCAAAGAAACCAAAACACUCUUCUCUCCGACAUCUUAUUCGGAUUCACACGUAACAGCACCCCCUAUAUCAAACACACCACCGUGGUCCAAAACUAACGACUUUGGAGAACACAGAGUCCAGAAAUUAGCAACGUCGAAAUUCGAAAAGCAACAUAACAGGGUCAAUCUUCAACCGAAACCUCGAUCUGAAAAGGUCACGAUACCAGCAACUUUUCAGAAACAAAUAUCACAUCGGCCGGAAACAUCUGAAACUCAAUAUUUAUCUAAAAGUGGCGAAAAAAUGAAUGCUGUCAGAAAACUAAGUGACCAGUUUGACAACAUGGCCACUAAACUUAUCAACGACAACAAUAACCAGCUUCAUUAUACAUUAACAAAAACUGAAACCAAGUUCCCAUCCCAUUCUCAACAACCACAUCAUUUUCAACCAGUUUAUCAUGAUUUUAAUAGACCACUGACGUGCACCCAACCACUCGUUCAGCGGACUAAAGGAAACGUUUCAAAUUUACAACAGAAUUUCCUCCCUAAAAUCCAAGCCGCUUAUGUACCUUACAACGCUAACAACGGAUUUCAUCCCGUUCAAACAAAUAAGAACGAGUCUACAGUACACCCUCAAUAUACGUCUUUUCAAGAGGUCGCGUUAAAACCUAAAACUGCGCAAAGUCCGUUAGAAUUUGCCGACCAAAAACUCCAUCCUCACGAGCAUAAAUCAAAUUCACAAUACGAAUCUCUCACAUCCUCACAAACCAUAAUGCAUUCUAAACCAAAUUAUGACAAACAGUUGUCAAAAGACGCCGCCACGAAACCAAAAUACCAUAAACAGGUGUCAACCGAAAGUAUAAAAGAAUAUCAAGCAGCAGAAACGAAAGUGAUGAAAGGGCCUAUAAGCCAUCAAGCUGUUACCGUUCGUAACGGACCAAAAACUCGAGAUGGACAUGAUUUGGACACGGCGCUCAAUAUCAAAAUGUCUUUGAGCAAAUAUAAGCAAAACGAAACAGGCAAAACUAAACAAUCAGAAAACACCACCGAACGAAUUCCUUCAAGGGUACAGUCUCAAAAGUCUCCUCAGCAGCUUAAAGACAAUGAACAAAAAUGCUUAGAACAACACCAGUCGUGCCGUCCUAAAUCGAACGCAACAACACGUGAAACUGUUCCAGAACGAAAAGCAGCAGUUACUAGAAAACAUAUAAACAAAUCUAGAGAAAGUUCGAUUGAUCAACUCACGGGCAGGAAAAUGGUGGAAGAAGGUAUUCGAAUGAAAUCCGUUGUCAACUUGGACAAACAAAAAAGUUACAACGAUCCACAAGUGCAAAGAGCAUCGAGCUUAAAAAUUUCUCCCGUCGAUAUCAAGCAAAGUAAUACUUGUCAAAAAACGAUCCCCAACUUCUUGGUUAACGAUUGUCCGGUUGGUGUAGACAAGUUAGAAGAAAGGGACAAAAAAAGUACCAUUUCAAAAAUGGAAGCAUGGCAAAAGAUCGUACAGGAGAACCAAAGUCAAGGGAGACCAGUUGUAAAAAGUAUACUAAAAUCCAGGUCCAGUAACACACUUGCAGUUCCGAAUUUACAAUUUCAAGCCGGCAUGACAAAAGACGAAUUGGUGCAUAAAAAGAGAACCAUCGAAGCAUAUUUCACAGGCACUAAAUCUCCCCAAAGUUUGUCCAGAUCCUCUUCAGACGAUGGAUUAGAUAAGAGAGAAUGUCUUAGUUCACCGUCAGCGCCAAAAACUACAAUAAACCGGAAGAAAACUUCUGAAAAGGUUUCUUGCCAAAGUCAAUCAUUGACCGGUGUUGUUAGAAGCAGGACUCUGCCUAAUAUUGUAUGUCCACGACUUUUGGACGAGAACAAUAUUGAUGAGGCAUUCGAAGACCUCUUUAGGUCAACAUCUUAAAUAAUUAGGAACUUUUUAUCGUAAAACGAUAAAGAACUAAACAAAAGAGCAUUCCACUAUACGCCUAAGUCUCAACUAGAUAAUGUUUUAACAGUUUUUAAAUGUGAUAACGGUAUUGUGAAGCUUAUGAUGUAGAAAAGUAUAAUAGUUUGUAUUUACUGAUUGAUAAAGGAGUAUUUAGCGUUAGAAUAAAUUAGGCAACGAAUGUCGCUUUCUGUGGAAAGUGGAAUCUGCGGCCCUUUUUAUUAUUGUGGACGGAUUGUGGUGUGCGCACACCACAACUCCCGCACCACCACAACUAAUGGAACGACUUCUUGUUGUUAGGAAUCAAAACUACCCCUACACUUCACUGUAUA